GCUGAGAGCAAAGCGUUAGACAUUCAUACAUGCACACAGGAAUGUAUGGUACACGAGAGGGGGUCUGUCAGUCGCCAUGCAUACACACAUGCAAUGCAGCAGGGAGGCUGUGGUCAUGGUGUUCAUGUGACAAUCGGACCACCGCAGGGGAUUGAAUCCAUCCAAUCGCCCCGGCCGCCUGGCAGACCACACACACCACCCAUCGACAGAGCGAGCAAGCUACCACAUGGAAAUGGGAGGGAGGCUGUUGGCCGCAAACAGGCAGGCGGCUCGGCUAGAUAGAUAUUGACACCCUCACUCAGUCGUCAUGCAAUGGACUCCCUCCCAAAGUAAGAGGACCAGAGGACCGGUCUGCAUUCAUCCGACUACUUUAACUACACACAAAGCAGAGGGGCUGACUCGACCAGACAGACUAGACAGAAGCCGUCGCUUGGUCGUCACGCCUGGCGGCCGUUGGUGGCCUGCUGGCCAUCACCGUCGGCCAUUUUCCCGCCUUCUUGGUUGUCGGUGGUCUUUGUGUAGAUGACGUCGUAGUGGCCGGGCCGGUAGAGCAGGUGAAUCGCCUCCUCGUCUGCCCCACACCCCUCGGGAAAUGUCAGAGGGGCUGCGGGUAGGACAACACACGCAGAGAAAGCAACACGUGAGCGUGUGUUUGUGCCUGCAGGGGCGUGCGUGUGAUGUGCACCUGGUUCUGCGGUGUCUGAUGCAUCGAUGUACUGGAUGCGCACCGGGACCUUGAGGACCGACGUCAACGCGAUGAUCUGCACGUGCUCGGCUUCAACCCACCUGACACAUAUACAACACAACACAAAGUGACGCGCAUCCCCACAUGUGAACAAUUGUCGGAGAGCUCACAUUGGGUCGACUUCUGUCUGGACGUAUUGAUGGAUGGAGGCGUGUGUGGUGAGGAAGGGCUCAAACUCAGGCGCAUGAAGCUUCAGAUGGGUGCCCGUCAGAAACCUGAUCAACCAACCACAACCGCGCACACACAUCCGUUCCCGCUGGCUGGGCAUGUUCGUGUGCUACCUUGCGUAUACGACGAGUGAGUUGGAGACGCCGGCGUCCUGGAAUGUGGUCUCGAGCUCUGACGGUCCUGUUGCCGACUCGCGCAGCAGCUUCAGCUGGUCCAAAAACUCUGAUACAUUGACGAGGAUGGCCACAGGCACGCGUGUAGACCACGAACGAGAGCAUAUCGAUUGCCUUGAUCGCUCACCAUCGUAGAAGUCGUCCACAGUCGACUCUGUGUACCUGCACACAUCAAACCAGCACACAGCUACACGCGUGUGGCCAUCCAUCCAUACACCCUUCCAUGCGUCCGUGUGUACCCAGCGGCCUCGAGUUGUUUCCUGGAUUCGGUGAUGAGGUUGAUGUAUUCGUCGAUCUGACUCCGAUGCCGCAGCAGCCACUCGAACAGGCCGUACAGAUACGAACGGUAGAAACAACACCCGUCCUUGCACACUCGCCUGACACACACGCACACGAGCAUCGGACACGCACACACAUCUGCCUGUGCGCCAUGUAUGCGCGCACCUGAUGCCGCCGUAUUGCUUCUUGAGUGCGCGGAUCUUUGGCAGGAAGGAGGGGUUGUCCGCGUACCUGCGCAACGGGCAGACACACCCCAUGUGCACACGGACGUGUGUACAGCGUGGCGUGUCCGUUCACAUACUCGUUCUCCAGUCCGUCUAGCGGCUCCACAGGUCCCACCAGCGGCUGCACCUCCACCUCCUUCCUCACCUGACGCCACUCGGCACACACACACUAUAUCUAAUGCGUCGAAAUGUUGAUAUGUGAUCUGUCUGUCUGAGCCUGCUUACCUCCCUGUGGUGAUCAAGUAUAGAGUAGUCGUCCACAUGGCCGUUGGCCUGAGGCGUCACGCCGCAUUCGAACGCCUCCUCCUGCUGCUGUGGCGCGUCCGCCGAUUCGCCCGUUGCCUCAGGGGGAGACGACAUUGGAACGCAACAAACACCAAGACACACUGACAGUGACUGACCCUCGCAAGCCAUGGCAGUUGGCCGGCCGUUGGAAAGGGAGGACAACUUUUGAGACAGUCAACGCGACUCGG